AAAAUGGUUAAUAAAAAUGUAUGGGUGUGCGUACAUAAAUACUUUCUUGACUGUAGUACCUCUGCCGCGUUUCGGCAUUCACGCAUGUAAAACACAUCAGUUCGUGCGCUUCGAUUUGAACAUCGACAUCGUCGUCUUGGUCGUUUAAGCACGUUCGUGUUUGUUGGUUUGUUGGUUCUCCGAUUCAUUGGUUUGUUGGUGUAUUUUUUCGCUUGAGAGCUCAUUAACGUUUCGCUUCGCUAAGUGCGCUGUAUCGCCUGGGAGCCAGCAACGCGAUAACCCAAGUCAACCAACCCGCCAAGGAAGUCAAGCCAAGCCAAACCAAGUCAAAUAACCAAAAUCAAAACUCACCAAGCUGUGAAAAAAUCCCGAACUAAAAUUUUUUAUAAAAGUUUUUCUUUAUCGGUGUCUAUGCGCACUGAUACAAUAUCAUAUUCCUGUGUAAAGGUGUUCGUCUGUGUAUGUAUCAAUGUAUCGGCGGCUCUGAUUGCCUAAGAUCACUAAUUUUGGCACAUAAAAAUAAUAGAAUAGAAAUAAUAUUUGAAAAUUCAAAUUGCUGGCGUACGUUGAGUGCACUUCGCCCUUUCCGCGGCCGAAAAGGCAUACAUGAUAAAAGUUUGGAAUUGAGAGAGAAUAAUAGUAGGAAAACUAAAGUUCAAUUAGAAAAUAUCAAAUGAAAAUAUUUUCUAAAAAUAUAAGUGAAUGCAUAAACACUAUAUGUAUAUGUAUGUAGGUGAGAUUCCUGGCUCUGAUGAACGCCAAAGUCUUAAGGUAUAAACAAUUAACAAGACCCACCGAUGCAUAUGAACUAAACUUUUAAUUACAACACAUCAACGACUGCAAACAAAGUAACAAACUAAAUUUAUCCAAAACAAUUUUUUUUUUCAAUAAGUGCGUUCCAACAAAAAGGCGACGGUGCUGCAAAAUAUGAUGGCACGAAUUUCGUAAGCGCCGCAGUAAACAAUUCCAAUAACAAUAACCAAAUAUAAAAUUAAACGCUCAAUAUUUAUGACCUUAAUAUGCGAAUUAAAAUCUGGCAAAAUCAAUUGAUACAAAAUAGUAUAUCUAUUUAGAUGCAUAUGUGUAUAAUAACCAAAUACUGAUAUAUACUUAUUUAAUGUUUAUAAAAUGCAAGUUCUAGAAAUACAUAAAAAAAAUAAAAAAAUAUUUCAAAAACUGUGCACCACCAAAAAUUAAAAAAGAAAAUUGUGUGAAAUAAAUAUUAUAUUUCAACUAAAAAACUUGAGGUGGUGAAGAAACUGAAAUCAAAAUGCGAAACUUUAAUUAACCAAUGAUUUUGUUUUCUUACGCUUGUCAGUGGAAAUAAUAAUAAUAAAACGUUUAUGAAAACUCAAACGCCUGCUUUCAAAACAUUAAAAUACAUAUAUCGCCCUGAUUUUUAAUUAUUUUGCGUUGUUUACUCAUUUACCUAUAAUACAGAUAUUAACAAAACAAAACAUAAAUAAAAAAUUGCAAUGAUGAUGCUAACUACAGAGCAUCUUAUGCAUGGCCAUGCGACGUCGGUUAGUCAGAGUGCGCUUUUUGGUUGCUCGACAGCAGGACAUAGCGGCAUCAAUCAGCUUGGUGGCGUCUAUGUCAAUGGUCGACCUCUACCAGACUCGACUCGCCAGAAGAUCGUCGAAUUAGCGCAUUCCGGUGCGCGCCCUUGUGAUAUAUCACGCAUCCUGCAGGUGUCCAACGGAUGUGUUAGUAAAAUUCUGGGCAGAUAUUACGAAACGGGAUCUAUUAAGCCACGAGCGAUAGGUGGAUCAAAGCCACGUGUUGCUACAACUCCUGUCGUACAAAAAAUCGCGGAUUACAAGCGCGAAUGUCCGAGCAUUUUCGCCUGGGAGAUACGUGAUCGAUUAUUAUCGGAGCAAAUUUGCAACAGCGAUAACAUACCAAGUUUAGAAGGUCUCUAUCAGCAGUGGCGGCAACUUCAAAAGCAUGCUGCAAGAACGUCGAUGGAUCAUAAGAAAAAAGAAAAAGAAUUCGUUGAAAAACUCGAGGAUCUCUUCGAUAUUGCACACGCCAAUGCAUUGAAUAUCAUAUCCAUUGAAGAAGAUAAGCAGUUCUUAAACAAUCAGUGGAUGAAGGGACGCCCGGGGUUUAUGUAUGGAAUUGAUUACCAGCUAAGUGCGAAAGAGACUCGAGUUUCUGAGCGAAAAUUAUGA